GGGGCUGGCUUCCGGCGGCGGAGGGGAGCUAGCGGCAGCCGGCUGGGGGAGGGGGUGUCGGCGCACCACGGAGUGCUGCGCUCCUUGAGCCUGGCACCCGGAGCAGCCGCCUCCCCCUCCCCCUGCCUAGACCGCUGGAAGCCCCUUCUCUUCUGUCCACCCUGGGUGGGGGUGAGCUGGGCUGAGCUGUCCCAGGCUGGCGGGGCGGAGCCAGGAGCCCCACCGUGCGCUGCGGAGCGAACCUCACCUCCUUUCCAGGGUGCAAGUGUGAGCCACUGCCCCAUGUUGUGUUGAUGCCGGUCUGCCAUGCUAGCCUGUCUACCAGGGCCAGGUGACCCGUCCUUUCAGCUUCUUUGUCACACGCAGAUGAACACUGGACUUCAGAAAUGGGACACUACACAGAAAAUGAGAACUGCUCACUAUCCUACCCCAGCCGAAUUGGAUGCAUAUGCUAAGAAGGUCGCAAACAACCCACUGACUAUAAAAAUCUUCCCCAACAGUGUGAAGGUUCCCCAGCGGAAACACGUUCGUCGUACUGUGAACGGCCUCGACACAUCAGCCCAGCGCUACAGCCCCUAUCCGACGCAGGCUGCCACCAAGGCAGGCCUGCUUGCCAUUGUCAAAGUGCCAGCCAAAAGCAUACUCAAGGACUUUGACGGCACCCGAGCCCGGUUGCUCCCUGAGGCCAUCAUGAACCCCCCAGUGGCACCCUAUGCUACUGUGGCACCCAGCACUUUAGCCCACCCCCAGGCCCAGGCUCUGGCCCGCCAGCAGGCCCUGCAGCAUGCACAGACCCUGGCCCAUGCCCCUCCCCAGACGCUGCAGCACCCUCAGGGUAUCCCACCACCCCAGGCACUGUCCCACCCUCAGAGCCUCCAGCAGCCUCAGGGCCUGGGCCACCCUCAGCCCAUGGCCCAAACCCAGGGUUUGGUCCACCCUCAGGCCCUGGCGCACCAGGGUCUCCAGCACCCCCAUAAUCCCUUGCUGCAUGGAGGCCGGAAGAUGCCAGACUCAGAUGCCCCCCCGAAUGUGACCGUGUCUACCUCAACUAUCCCCCUUUCAAUGGCGGCCACCCUGCAGCACAGCCAGCCCCCGGACCUGAGUAGCAUCGUGCACCAGAUCAACCAGUUUUGCCAGACGAGGGCAGGCAUCAGCACUACCUCAGUGUGUGAGGGCCAGAUCGCCAACCCCAGCCCCAUUAGUCGCAGUCUGCUCAUCAAUGCAAGCACCCGGGUGUCAACCCACAGCGUCCCCACACCAAUGCCUUCAUGUGUGGUCAAUCCCAUGGAGCACACCCAUGCGGCCACCGCCGCGUUGCCUGCUGCAGGUCCUGUUAACCUGCCCACAGGCAUCUCUCGCGCCCCCACUGGCUACCCUAGCGACCUCAAGCCAGUCACCUGGAACCAGCACCAGCUGGCCCACCUACAACAGAUGUGCAACGAGGCUGGUGGGACGCCAGCCCCUGGCCUGACAGGCAAGCAUGCGGCAGGACGCGAGUUGGCAGGGCCUGGCUUUGUGGGCAAGGCCCCUGCCUACCCGCAGGAACUCUGCCUGGCACAGUCCUUCCAUCUGAAGCCACCCCUGGAAAAGCCGACCCCAUCCCCACCAGUCAACGGCCUGGCAGCCCCAUUGGCCUACCCCAAUGGUCACUACUUCCAACCCCUGUGGAACAACAUUCUGCCCACUCCCAAUAGCGACAGCUCGGGGUCUCAGGACCUCGCCAUGCCGUUCCACGGUGGGCAGCCCACAGGUGCACCCCUCGACUGUGCGGCUGCUCCUGGGGCCCACUACCGAGCAGGGACCGGGGGCGGUCCAGUGGCAAGCCAGAACAGCUUGAUGCAAACAGUGGAUUACCUAAGUGGGGAUUUCCAGCAGGCCUGCUUCCGAGAACAGAGCCUAGCCAUGCUGAACAAGGCCCACCGAGCCCCUGGCAACCGAGCCCCUGAUCCCACAGAUAGUCGAAGUCUUCAUAUUCAGCACCCAGGGUAUAGAUAGGUAGCCCUGGUGCCCUCCACGUGCAACACAUCAUAUGUCACCCUCCUAGGUUUAGUCUUUUAAGUAACUGGAUAGUUUGAAAGUUUCACUGCUCCAAUGUGAUCAUUCUCAGAUGUCUAAGAAAGGGAAUUUGGUGGAAUCUAACAGGACAGAAGGAGUCUUCUCAUCUUCCCCUCCGGCAACUUUUGGUUUUAUGUUAGAACCUAACCCCAAGCCCAGGCUUUCCUCUCCAUUGCCUGCCUGUCAGCUCAUCUCUCCACCUUGACCAUUUCCAGCCGGCUCCCACCCAUCUUGUUUUGAACCUCUGCCUGUUUCCCUUAGGACAACUGAGGUGUGGGCUGAGGGAAUGCCCUAGUUGAGAUAGUGUAGGUGCUCAGGCCCCAAAGCCAGGCCUCUACCUGUUGCUCUUCCCUUCCCCCUCCCCGCCUCCCCCAGGACUAAGAAGCAAGAUUUCCCAAGUGCUCUGGAAGCUAAUUCCUUAUUCACCCAAAGAUCUCAAAUCAAAGCUGACCCAGUCUUCAUAUCCUUCGAGUUCCUUUCCAUUCCUCAAGGCUUUGUUGUGUAACUACAUUGAUCCCGCAGCCACUGCACUUGCCCUUGCCACACUCGACCCCAAGGGCAUCUUGCAGGUAUUUGACCAUUUCUUGAGAUAUGUGGGGGAGGGGGUGGAAUCUUUGUAUUGGCAUCUUGGUUCCAGAUUCCCCUUUCCAAACCUAGAAAAACACAGUGACUUUUCAGCAUACCCAAGAUCCCUUUCUCACUGUUGCCUGUCCCCUAACUCACCUGUUGCCCACAGCCCCUAUCCUUUCCCCAUCAACAAAACAAAACAAAUAAAAUCUACCUUACUUGAGGAAUUAGGCAGGUAAGGAAUUAUCACAUUGGAGUUUGGGAUUAAACACCCAAAAAAAAAAAAAAUGCAUUUGGUUCUCUCUACACUGGCUAAGAAUAUUGCUCUACACUGUAAGUUUUAAAUGUUACAUUUCUGUAUGAAUGCAGUGUGGGUGUGAGUAGCAUUGUGUGUGAGUGGCACUGCAGGUAAAUUCACCCUCUAAUGCAGCCCCUCAGUUUAGUGAA